CGAGGAAGAGAAAGGAAGGCAGAAAUAGAGAGAAGCGAUAGGCAAGAGCGGAGCAGCAAUGUCAGGUCGCGGGAAGACGGGCGGUAAGGCGCGGGCUAAAGCCAAGUCGCGCUCCUCAAGGGCCGGCCUCCAGUUCCCCGUGGGGCGCGUCCACCGCCUCUUGCGCAAGGGCAACUACGCUGAGCGCGUCGGCUCCGGGGCGCCUGUUUACCUGGCUGCCGUCCUUGAGUAUCUUAGCGCCGAAAUCCUCGAGCUGGCCGGGAACGCCGCCCGCGACAACAAGAAGAGCCGUAUCAUCCCCAGGCACCUCCAACUUGCCAUCCGCAACGACGAGGAGCUCAACAAGCUGCUCGGCGGCGUCACCAUCGCCCAGGGCGGCGUCUUGCCCAACAUCCACGCCGUCCUGCUCCCCAAGAAGACCGAGCCCCCCGCCCACUCCUCGGCCUCCGCCCCCAGCACCAAGCCCCGCGGAGCACCAGCGGCGGGAGGCAGCGGCGCCAAGGGACCUGCCGCCGGAAAGGGGCCCAAGCCCGGCCUCAAGCCCCAGGCAGUGUCCCUCGCCGUCUAGUCAGGGAAGGAAGG